AUGGCGCGCGCAGGCCUACUCUCGACCUACCUCGCCCUACUGGUGGCGCUCCUCGCCAUGACGAUCAAGGCGGCCAAGUUCACGCCCGAGGUGCUGCUGAGCGCGCCGCGCCGCUCCUCCGGCGUGCCCAACGCCGACGGCUCCAAGGUGCUGUACACGGUCUCGACUUACUCGUUCGCCGACCACGCAUCGACCGCCGAGCUGCGCGUGCUCGACGUCGCUUCCGGCGAGAGCACCGUCGUCACGGACAACGGCGACGCUUCGGAACCCACCUGGCUCGACGGCUCCAACAUCCUGGUCCUGCUGCCCGGCACCAAUGGCACCACGGAUGUGUUGGUCGGUCCGUAUGACGACUUUGCGAACAGCAACUACACGGCCGGCAACAUUGAUGGCUCUGCCAGCGGUGUCAAGGUAGCUUCUCUCGGUGAGGGCAAGUUUGCAUUUGCCAUUACUGCUCUCGCCAAGCCGGACGGCUCCAUCUACAACUCCGAAAAGGCUACGUCGGUCCCUUCCACUGGCAGGUACUACGAGGCCACCUUUGUGCGUCACUGGGACACUUACCUUACCCCUAACCGUAACGCUGUCUGGUACGGUACUCUGGCCAAGGACGGCGAGCAGUACAGCCUGUCUUCCCUUGUCAAUGCUUUGAAGGGCACCAAGCUCGAGAGCCCGGUUCCUCCUUUCGGUGGCACCGACAACUUUGACGUCAGCAGCAGUGGACUUGUGUUUGUUGCCAAGGACCCUGAGCUCAACCCUUCUGUCUACACCAAGAUCAACGUUUACUACGUUCCUCUUUCGACCUUCACUGAGUCGACCGCUCCCGCGCCAGUCCAGGUCGAGACCACCGGUUUCCAGGGCCAGAGCACUUCCCCCGUUUUCUCCCCCGAUGGCAAGUCUCUGGCUUUCCUCCGUAUGAGAGAGAUUCAGUACGAGUCCGACAAGCUUCAGCUGUUUGUCGUUUCCGACGUGUCCAAGGCUGUUGCCGUCAACGCUCUCCCCGCCGCUGGCGACCUCGGUUCCUGGGACCGCAGUCCUUCUGCUGUCGCCUGGUCUGCCGACGGCAAGACUCUUUACUUGACCGCCGAGAACAUCGGUCGCGUUUCCUUGUACUCUCUCCCCACUCCUGGCGGCAACGCUACCUAUAGCAGCGAGAAGCCCACUCUCAUCUUCAACGACGGUGCUGUUUCCGAUGCGCACGCCCUUGAGACCGGCGAUGUCUUCAUCUCUGGCACCAACCUCAUUGACAACUCCGUCUACUUCCUCCUGACCCCCGGCGAGGAGCCCGUCCAGGUUUCCUCCAACUCGAAGAACGGUGCGCUUUUCGGUCUGUCUCGCAGCCAGGUUUCCGAGGUUUGGUACCCUGGCGCUGGCAACGGCACCCAGAUCCACGCCUGGGUCAUUGUUCCGUCCAACUUCACCGCCAACUCCACCUGGCCGCUUGCGUACCUCAUCCACGGCGGUCCCCAGGGCGCAUGGGAGGAUUCCUGGUCCACAAGGUGGAAUCCUCUCGUGUGGGCCGAGCAGGGCUACGUUGUUGUUGCACCCAACCCCACCGGCUCGACUGGCUACGGAAAGGCUCUUACCGACGCCAUUCAAGGCCAGUGGGGCGGUCUCCCUUACCAGGACAUCGUCAACGGCUUCACGUACAUCGAGAACAACCUCAAGUACGUCGACACGGACCGCGCGGUGGAGCUGGGCGCCUCGUACGGCGGCUACAUGACCAACUGGAUCCAGGGCCACGAUCUGGGCCGCAAGUUCAAGGCGCUCGUCACGCACGACGGCGUCUUCAGCAUGGCGGCGCAGCUCGCGUCGGAGGAGCAGUGGUUCCCGGAGCACGACCUCGAAGGCAAGUUCUGGGAGAACCGCGAGUCCUGGCUCGAGUGGGACCCGUCGGCGCACACGGACAAGUGGGCGACCCCCCACCUCAUCAUCCACAACGAGCUCGACUACCGCCUCACCAUCGCCGAGGGCCUGGCCGCGUUCAACGUCCUGCAAGGCCGCGGCGUCGAGAGCGCGUUCCUGUCUUUCCCCGACGAGAACCACUGGGUCAUCAAGCCGGAGAACAGCUUGCUGUGGCACACGGCCGUUUUUGAUUGGAUCAACUCGCGCGUGGGCCUGCCGACGUUGAGCGAGCAGAGCGAGAAUGCGCGCGCGGCGAAGGCGGGCGCCUGGGGGAACAGGGAGAGCGAUCUUGGGUUGAAGGCUUGA